UCCCAACACAAUACUGUCUUUGGCAUAAAUUACAUGCGUGUAACCAGCAUACACUACAUUCGUGAAAAAAUGGCAGCUGACGAUUAGGGAGAAGUGUGUGGAUCUUCACUCGGAAAAACACGGCACUUAACAAAACUACACCGGCACAGAAGCAUACCUGGUCACCAUUGGUCGUCGUCGUGGAAGUGUCACCAUUGGUCAUCAGUCACCAUGGGAAAAACUCCGCUAAAAGAUCAGAAAGACGGCAAAAAAGAGAAACCAGGAAGAAUGGUUCCACUAACAGGUACACCCCCUACAACAACUAAAGACGCUUUCAGCUGGGACGACUAUCUGAAAGAAACGUCUUCUACACCGGCUCCACCAGGAUGUUUUCGUCAGGCUAGAGUCCCACCCUCCAAUGACUUCAAAGUGGGAAUGAAGCUUGAAGCCCACGAUCCACGUAACUCCACCUCAGUUUGUAUCGCAACCGUGAUGGGUUUAACCGGAGUUCGUCUGCGUCUCCGUCUGGAUGGAAGUGACAACAGCAAUGACUUCUGGAGGCUGGUAGACUCCUCUGAUAUCCAGCCAAUUGGCACCUGUGAGAAGAAUGGAGACAUGCUGCAGCCACCACUGGGAUUUCGGAUGAACGCCUCCUCGUGGCCCAUGUUUCUGUUGAGAACCCUAAAUGGAGCCGAGAUGGCGCCGAGCACAGCCUUUAAAAAGGAGCCUCCUCGGCCCUCCCAGAACAACUUUAAGCCAGGCAUGAAGCUGGAGGCUGUGGACAAGAAGAACCCUUACCUCAUCUGCCCUGCCACCAUCGGGGAAGUGAAGGGCGAUGAGGUCUUCAUCAUGUUCGACGGGUGGCGGGGUGCCUUUGAUUACUGGUGCAAGUUUGACUCCCGGGACAUCUUCCCUGUGGGCUGGUGCUCCCUCACUAAGCACAGCCUCCAGCCACCAGGCAACAGUGUUACCCUUCCAAAGAACCUGCAGAUUCUCCCGGCGUCUCCCUCCAAGCCCAGCAGGCGCUCCAUGCAGUCCCCGUACAGACUACCAAACCCUCUGCCCCCUUUGCCUGUCAGGAAGGGGGUAAGAGGUCGUCGGCCCAAGAGUGAGACCAUCGCUCUGCUCAAAGCCGUAGCAGAAGCAGCUGCUGCCCAAAACGGAACAGUACCUGAGAACACACAGCUCGUACCCCGGCCCCACAAGAAGAGAGGCCCCAAGCCUGGAAGCAAGAGGAAGUCCAAGAUUCUCCAAAACCCAGCACAGCUGCCCAGCAUCCAGGUUCCACAGGAGAGCCCUCCCAGCCUCAACUCUGUGGUUUCAACAGUGUGUGUCUAUGUGAACAAGCAUGGAAACUGUGGUCCCCACCUGGACAGGAAGCAGAUGCAGCAUCUGCCAGACCACUUUGGCCCAGGGCCAGUGAACGCUGUGCUCCAGCAGGUGGUCCAGUCAUGUAUAGACUGUGCAUACCAGCCUAAAGUCCUGCUCAGUGCUCUGCAGACUCACUCAGGAGGAGGGGAGGUGGUCAGAGUGAGAACAGAUGGUGGAGUUCGUGUGGUCAAACUACCGUCAGCCUCCAGUGCUUCCUUUGUGCUGCGGUUCUUGGAGACAAUGUGUCGUCACCUGCAAUGUGACAACCUGUUCAGCAGCCAGCCGUUCAGCCACUACACUGCUUAUGACAGGACCAAGUCAGUAAAAGAGGAGGCGUUGGACGCUCCAUCUCUGGCUCGGGGGAGUAAACGGAGUCUCUCUGGAGUCUCCCCACCGUAUGCAGCCCCUCUGUCACCUAAACAUUUACGUACAGAAGCUCACCCUUCAGAAGCAGAGACUCUGCCCCAUGAAGAGAAUGGCCUAAUAAAGGAGCAGCGCUACAUGGACUCAGCCUCCAACUCCAUGAACCCUCGACCCCAAACAGUGCGCAGUAUCUCUGAGUACCACUCUCAGGCCAGCAGCCUCUACCAUCCCGGCAACGGUACAGCCAUGCGCCGCCACUCCUCCAACCCCGCAGAGCUCAGCUCCUCACAGCCUCUCAGACGAGUAGAAGCAGCCAGCUCCACCACAGGUCCUGAAGCACUGGGGUCUGAGCGGGAGAGUCAGCAGCUGCCCAGUAAAAACCCCUCCUCCUGGUCCAUUGAAGAGGUGAUGCAGUUCGUGAGGGAUGCUGACCCCACAGCGUUAGCUCCACAUGCUGAACUGUUCAGAAAACAUGAGAUCGAUGGAAAAGCUCUGAUGCUGCUACGGAGCGACAUGAUCAUGAAGUACAUGGGUCUGAAACUGGGUCCUGCACUGAAGUUAUGCCAUCACAUAGAGAGGCUGAAACAAGGCAAAGUGUAAGAGGAGCCAGGGAAGCCCUGUCCCUGCCAGACCCAUGAGCAAUAAGCCCUGAAGGAGCCAGCACGUGGACACUGACUCAUGGGGCAUGCAGGGGCUACAUGUUACUCUAGACUCCACCUCGAGGGACUGAACUGAUGUUACAACUUCACCCCGAUUUCCAGAGUGGAGAAAGUGUGCCGUGCAUUGCUGACACAUUACCUCAUCCCCUCAUCAGUGAACGAAAAGCUGUUCAAGUCUAACAAGACGCCAUUUGACUUUAUGAAAUCCCAAAGGAAAAGAAUCCCUGUAGUGUUUACAUUGCAUAGCACACGUGCACACGUGGACACGUUUUUUUACGGAGAUGAAAUCUUUUGAUCCUGGUUUUGGAUCCCCAAAGAUGGAGAAUGUUUCUUCUUAUAUAAUGUUUUUAUUCUUGUUGAAUUUCCAGUUAAUAAGGAAGGGUUGGUAUACUGAAAAAUCCAUCAGAUGUUCUUCCCCAUGCUCAACGAGAGAAUUUGGAUGCUCUCUCGUCUGUGCUGUUGUAUAGCCGUUCACACUUUUCACAUGUAUGCCUCAAGUAUGGGUAUAUCCGCCUGCCCGAAGAAUGCUAGUGUCAGUGCAUUCCAUUUUGUUCACACAAUGCUCGACAGACAUUUUUUUUUGCUUGAACAUUGUCAGUAUCAUGUAGGGAUCAUAUUGUAUUCUGACAGUUUUGAUCACCUUUUCCACGAGCGUUCUGCAGGAUCAUCAUCUGCUUUGUGGCAUGACGUAUUUUUGUGUCUUAGCGAGCCCUAUGCUGCCUCUCACUGGUCUCCAUGCAGUUCUAAUCAAAACCAUUUGUAUCCCAAGCUCUGAGCCAGCUUAGAAGUUCUGGGUUUAUCAAUUUCAAUAGACAGAUUGUUAAGGAAGACAUUUCUAAGGGCUUUUUUGUUUAGUUUUGACGUAAUGUUUUUAUCCGUCAUAAUCUUGUUAAGCUCAUUGGUCCGCCUGCGGCCUCAGUGUUGUCACUUUUGACCGUUACAAUCACUGUUAGCAAUGAAAACAGAUAUGUACAGUUUUAUGGGUUUAACCAUGAAUAUCAGCGACAGAAUGUACAUUUUGUAGAAACGUAAUAUUUUAAGGAAAUCAUAUACAUAAGUUAGAAAUGUGAAGAUAAAGGGGGAUGGGGACGAUGGUGAAUAUUUCACAGUGGGAUUCCAUUCUGCUUUUUAAUACUUAACACAACGCUUUUAGUUCAAAUACUCCCAGUAAUAGACUCUGCCUUGCUUUACCUAUGACAUUUCUCAGGUUUAUGUGGUCUUUGUUAGUACAAGCUUUUGUAGCAUACUGUUUAUAAUAUACUUAACAGAAUUUUCCUGUUAUUCCCUUCCUCGAUUUUGAACAGACUUGUGCCAUAUGAUACUCAACACAGGAUCUAAGUGCUGUUGAUUUUCCUCUCUUGCAUCUUCUUUAAACUACUUGAAAAAUAUGUGUUGCAAAAAGUCACUUGUCCAUUAUGUCACACCAGAUAAACAAUAUGUGUUUAUGAUGUUGUGUAUUUCCUUUUUAUAAACCUACCAAAAACAAAA